CCCGCCAAGCUGGAAUCCUACGUGAGCCCGCCGCUCUCCCCGCUCGCGCAUUGGUCUCUCGGCCUCGAUCCAGUGCGUAGGGGUAUGGAUGGCGAGAUCCGGCGCAUGAAGCAGCAUGACCCUCAGGCGCGCUUUGCGACCAGAGCUGGGAUGUCCCGCCGCACGGCGGAUCGCUUCAGGCAGGCCGGGGUCCCCUCCGCACGUGGAGAUGCGUCCCAGGCAACAGGGCGUCCUCGGAUGCCCACUUACCUGGACUAUGGAUACACAGACAGUCCUUUUCAGGGGAAUGAGUUGCAACCAUACCCACCGACGUUGCGCGACCAACAGCGCCAGCAACACUCAGUACACCAGCCAAUAGCUCCUUAUGACUCCGACAUGGUAUACAACCUCAGCCAGCAGGUCCCAGCACAAGCCCCGUACGAGGUGGUGCCACCAUACCCAGGACGGCAGUCUGCAGCGAUGGAAGGCCUGUCUAACCAAUUUGGUGUUCCACAGUACUUCCCUCCAAAUGAACCGACGGGCACCGGGGUUCCGCCCAUGGGGUCGCCCUACCUGUCGUUGCCCCCUUAUAACCAGUCCGGCGGCAUGGAACGCUCGCACCCUACGCACGUAUUUCCUCCAGCCAUGGACACUCUGACCUCGGUGGCAUCACAGCAGCCUCCGUCGCCGUCGCAGCAGCAAUUGCCACCAUCGUCCCGGGAAGGAUCUGAGUCGACUGGUUGGAAGACAUUGUAUGCGCAGUUUCAACACGCAUUACGAGAGACAUUCAAUAGUACGCGGGCCGGCCGAUUGGUAGAGGCUAGUAGUUCACUUUUGCAAAUCUCCGAGUGGCUUGUGGCUAAUGCGCGGGAUCUCGGUAUUCUCCGGGACGAUCAAAUGCCUCACGGGGAUCGACUACAGAUCUGGAAUGAUUUCAAUAUUUGUUGGCUUGCGGUGUGCCAGAAACAGAAAGACUUGGCUCAAGAAGUGUUGCAGACCGGUCGCCAGCCGCCCCAGACUAGUCUCCUUAGUGGCGACGCGAUGGACAAUCUGGGCAAGGAGCUGAUCCAAAUCUGCGAUCGGAUGGAGCCCCAUGGGCUAGUCGAUUACCAGAUGGGGAUCUGGGAAGAAGAAAUCCUUUCGAUUAUGGGUCAAUGUCUGGAUAUUGUCGAAGGUCGGCCAGAUGUCUUCGGCUCCCCAACCUCGCGAUGA